GCAGAGGCGAUGAUUGGCGUCGGACUUGUACAUACCUUAGUCUAGUCGAGUCUAUAUAUCCUGCUAUACAACGGGGGUGUCUUCAGGCGAGACGGUGGCCUGAUUCGACCUUGUCUAUAAAUUGGGCACAUUUCUUGGUUUACCCUGAGAAGAUUCAUUCCUCAUCUGUUCUUUCAACUGUGCUUUUCGUGCAUCUUCACCAUGAGGUCCCUACACUUCCUACUGUUAUUCAUUUCCCCUUCCUUUGCUGUUCCAUCCCUCUUCCCUCGCCAGUCUGGUCUCGACACAUGGCUCGAACAGGAAGAAGACAUCUCUCGCACAGCGAUCUUGAAUAAUAUCGGCGCCGACGGGGCCUGGGUGCCAGGUGCGCGCUCUGGCGUCGUGAUUGCGAGUCCGAGUCGGAGUGACCCUGAUUACUUCUACACCUGGACUCGCGACUCCGGACUGGUCCUCAAAACCCUAAUCGACCUGUUCCGCGACGGUGACAAGGCCCUGCUGCCCACCAUCGAGCAGUUCGUCACCUCGCAGGCCCGCAUCCAGGGCGUGUCAAACCCCUCCGGUAAUUUAGCCAGCGGGGCAGGUCUCGGCGAGGCUAAAUUCAACGCCGACGAGAGCGCGUUCACCGGCGGAUGGGGUCGGCCGCAGCGAGACGGGCCGGCGCUGAGGGCUACGGCGUUGGUGGGCUUUGGAGAGUGGCUAGUUGACAAUGGUUACACCGCCGUAGCAAAGGACAUCAUCUGGCCGGUCGUGAGAAAUGAUCUGUCGUAUGUGGCGCAGUACUGGAACCAGACCGGGUUUGACCUCUGGGAAGAAGUACAAGGAUCGUCCUUCUUCACCAUCGCCGUGUCGCACCGCGCCCUGGUCGAAGGCAGCGCCUUCGCCAAAAGCGUCGGCGCGUCAUGCUCCUACUGCGACUCGCAGGCUCCCCAGAUCCGAUGCUACCUGCAAUCCUUCUGGUCGGGAUCCGGCAAGUACAUUCUCGCGAACUUCGGCGGCGGGCGAACUGGCAAAGACGCCAACACUCUGCUGGGCAGCAUCCAUACCUUCGACCCGGCCGCGGCGUGCGACGACGUGACCUUCCAGCCGUGCUCGCCGCGCGCCCUGGCAAACCACAAGGCCGUGGUAGACUCGUUCCGGUCCAUCUAUGCCAUUAACGCGGGCCGCAAGGCCAACGAGGCCGUUGCCGUGGGUCGCUACGCCGAGGACGUCUACUACGGGGGCAACCCGUGGUUCCUGACGACGCUGGCCGCGGCGGAGCAGCUGUAUGAUGCCCUGUAUCAGUGGGAUAAGCUGGGCCAGCUGAGCAUCACCGACGUGUCGUUGCCCUUCUUCCAAGCGUUGGACAGUUCGGCCAGCGUGGGAAGCUAUGCGUCGUCGAGCGCAAAGUAUACGAGUUUGGUUAAUGCUGUCAAGACAUAUGCGGAUGGAUUCGUGAGUGUCGUGCAAACCUACGCCGCUUCCAACGGGUCAAUGGCCGAACAAAUCACCCGCGCAGACGGCAAGCAGACAUCGGCACGCGAUCUCACCUGGUCAUACGCCGCUCUGCUAACGGCGAACCGUCGUCGCAACGCCGUGGUGCCACCGUCUUGGGGCGAGACGGCGGCGACAUCCCUGCCGACCAAGUGCACCGCCACCUCCGCAACGGGGACGUACUCCAGCGUCGCCGUCACCAGCUGGCCGGCUAUCGGAGAUACCCCGGGCACGUCGGUCCCCUGCGCGUCGCCCACGGCGGUCGCCGUGACGUUCGAAGUGACGGCCACGACGGUCUAUGGCCAGGACAUCAAGGUAGUCGGCUCGAUCGCGGAACUGGGGUCCUGGAGCCCGUCCAGUGCGAUCGCAUUAAGCGCGGACCGCUACACGAGCAGCAACCCGAUAUGGUACGGCACAGUCAACGUGCCGGUGGACAAGACGUUCGAGUACAAGUAUAUUCGCGUGCAGAAUGGCGCGGUGACUUGGGAGAGCGAUCCGAAUCGCAGCCUUAGCGUGGCAGGUGGCUGCGGAGUAAGUGGGAAGACGCAGAAGGAUACAUGGCGGUGAUCGCUUCCUGUCAUUACGGGCUACGGAGUAUAACUGCUUUGCAUGAAGUUCCUCCGCAUUCAUUCGAGUUCAGGCAUCUCGGUUAACUUAGUGAUUCCUUAGCAGAUGAGCUCAUCUUAGAGUCUAGCACGUAAUCGGGCCGCGGUGGAGCCUUUUUCUUCGCUUUUUCUCUUCGGUUUCUUCAUCAAUUGAUU